AUGUCUAGUGAUACAAAAUCAUCAACAGUUCAAGGUGAAGAAAACGAUACAACAGCUGGUGGUACUGCUGAUAUUGAAGCAUUUGAUGAUGAACAAAUAAAUGUAAAUCAAAUUCGAGCGAAAACAACAUUAAUGCGUUCAAAAUUUUUAUGGCGAUUACUCAAUGGUAAACCAAAUUCAGAAGAUGGACUUUAUCAUAUUGAUCGUGAUCCAAAAAAAUUUGAAUGUUUAAUGAACUAUUUAGUAGAAAAUCAUGUACCAGAUAUUUUGCCAUGCAGUGUUCGAGAUUUGUACAAUGCAUCAUUAUUCUAUGGCAUUGAUUUACCUGAAGACGAUUGUUGGGGAACAACAUUAUCGUAUACUUUAGAGAAUAUUAAAACUUAUAAUAUUCGUGGUCAAUUGAAAUCUUUUGCUGAUGCAAAUAACAUUUUUGGUUGGGCCAAGUGGAAACAACGUACUUUAGUUGAUGUUGAAUUUGAUUGUUAUCGAACAAUAGAUUUAAAUAUUGUUAACGACUAUAUGUUGGAUCAAGCAUCACAACAAAGAUUUAAUAUAAAAUCAGCAAAUCAAAUUGAUAGAAGAUAUCAAAUUCAUACUAUGUUUGAAUGUUCAAAAACACGUAAGCAUCAUAAAGAAGUUAGAUCUGCAGGUUAUCAGCAAGAAAAAAGUUUAGUUGUUGAAGGCGAUAAGUUUUAA